AAUUUCGAUUUUUUUUAAAAUGGCGAUGAAAUGAUUUCCGGUAGAAAUAUACGUGGAUGAAAACAAAGACAUAAAUUUUCUUUGAAAAGUUCAUACGACUUGCCUACGUAAAAAAAUGGGCUUAUGUAAAUGUCCCAAGAAGAAAGUGACAAAUCUGUUCUGUUUUGAACACCGAGUAAAUGUCUGUGAACACUGUUUGGUACAAACUCACAAAAAGUGUAUCGUUCAAUCGUAUCUACAAUGGUUACAAGAUAGUGACUAUGAAGCUAGUUGCAAACUUUGUAAUGAAUCAUUAAGUGGGGAAGAACAGGAGACUGUUCGUCUUAUGUGCUACGACGUGUUCCAUUGGAAAUGCUUGGAUUCCUUUGCUCGUCAGAUGCCUCAAACCACCGCUCCAGCAGGUUAUCAGUGUCCAAACUGCAAAGCAUCGAUCUUUCCCAAUGAACAUGCAAUGUCGCCCGUUGCGGAACAAUUAAAAGUCACUCUGAGUACUGUCAAUUGGGCAAGAAAUGGUUUAGGUAUGCCUUUAAUAGAAGAGAAAGAAAUUUCACAAACACCUGAUCGUCCGCUGGAGAAUAAACCUGUUGAAUUUCAAACUAGCACACCUUUGCCGGCCUCCUCUGUUGUUCAAACAUCUCAUGCUUUUUCAAGAGCCGGCUUAGAAGACAGUAGCCACAGUUCUGCUAGAAAGACUUUAGACACACACAUUUCUAUUGAUCCUACGAAGUCUUUAUUGGAUUCGCUGGAUCACGAUGAAAAUAAAUAUGCCAGAAGACCUGCUUUAACUUGGUUAAAACGAUGGCUUAAAUCUCAUAAUAUUCAUCCUUCCGGAUACGCAAAACGAAAUCGAUUCCUUAUGUUAAUUUUAAUCGCAUUAAUUUUAUUCUUGACCGUGAUAUUGUUUAUGUCGACAUUUGGACGGUCUCAUGCCGACAAAGAUCCAUUCCUAGAUCCAAUGGCAAAUCCAAACAUUCGAAUAGAAGGACAACCCUAA